UCUUUAAACGAGUUCCUUGAGUUUUUACACAGAUUUUUUUCCCACCUGAGCUUCCUCAGUUCGCGCCAUGCGUGGGGAUUCCUAAGGAUUACCCGGCGUGCCCCGCGGGAAAGAUGGCGGUGUCGGAGAGGAGAAGGAGAUAAAGUUUAUCUCGGAUCUCCAGCGCGGCUGCCUCGACCCGGAGAUCGAUAUCGGCACUUCACUGGUUAGUCGAAGGCGGCUGGAACAGACUCGCUGGGCUUGAACCGCUUAACUGACGCGGUCGUUCGUUUUUGUUUCGGCGGAGAAAACCUGAAAUAGUUGCGGCUCCUGACUGACCGACGCUAGCAAGUGUUAGCAGAGCGAACUGGUGCAGGAACAAAGUUUAUCACCGCGGCUCGGAGUGAGAGAGAGUCCGCCGGGUCGGAGCGGGAUUUCUGGGGACGACUCGUCACCGUUACCGUUACCCACAGCGCUCCCGACACGGAGGAGUGGGAGUACCGAGUACCUCUGGAGUGGAUGUUUCAACAUGCCUGGAAUAGAUUUCUCUGCUAUGCCUGGAUUGCGGGAAUAAAUUAAUACCUGAGAUAGCUUCACUCAAAGUCAUUGAUAGCCUGGAGGUUCACAUGCCAGCAGGAGGAGGAGGAGGAGGGGGUAGAGGAGAAGGAGAGGGACGAGAGCUGGAUUGAGUUUCCCUGGCGACCAGAGGGACACACUCAGGGCGAUGACUGGAGCUCGCAGCAUGCACGUUUGAGAAUGCCCUGGGCCUGACUACAACUGAAUGAGGACAUCGCAGAGACACCAUCUCCGUUUUUGGACUAACAGACAGUGUUUGGACGGACGCUGAGCUCCCAGGAUGACGAGCACCGCCCCAGCCCGGAAGCCGUACCGUAAGGCGCCUCCGCAACACCGUGAGACGCGCCACAGCUUGCCCGUGUUCCGGGAUGACCUUAGCGGGAGUAACCCAGCAACUGGCAACCCUUCGCUACCAGCACAGCCUGAUCCCAGCCAGGAGUCCUUAUCAGAUGCGGACAAAAUCAAAAUCUUGCAACAGCAAAAUGAAGACCUGCGUCGGCGCCUGACUCAAACCACUCACAAAAUGGAGGCCAUAGAGACAGAGUUUGAGACGAGUCGUCACUACAUGCAGGCAGAGAUGGGCCGAACCAGAGAUGAUCUGGAGAAGAUGAGAGACAAAUUCCGAAGACUGCAGAACAGCUAUACAGCCUCACAGAGAGCCAAUCAGGACCUGGAAGAGAAGCUGCACGCCCUGCUUCGGAAAGUGGAGCGAGACAAGAAGACCAUGGAUCAAGAGAUAGUGGAGCUCACCAACAAGCUUGUGGAUGCCAAGAACACAGUCGACAAGCUGGAGGAGCUGAAUGAGCGCUACCGUCAGGACUGCAAUUUGGCUGUGCAACUGUUGAAGUGCAACAAGUCACAUUUCAGGAACCACAAGUUUGCGGAUUUACCAUAUGAACUGCAGGAGAUGGUGAAUAAGCACAUGAAGAGCAGCCUGCCUGACAAGAGCCAGAGUCCUCAAGGAGCCCAGGGUCAGGAUCCAGACACGCUGAGCCUGACACCUGCAGAUGUGGUGCCCACGUCCGUCAUUGCCCGGGUGCUUGAGAAACCCGAACCGCUAGUGCUGAACUCUGCCCAGUCCAGCAGCAGCGCUGGUCGGCCGGUGGCCGAAGACGUGUUCGUCCACGUCGAUAUGACUGGACCCCAGAACGAGAAUGGGGGUCCAGGACAUGCUAGGCAGAGUGGCAGCGCUACUUCCGAUCAGCAGCACGUUAAUGGCAUGUGUCGAAGCCAGGCCAGUCCAGAUGGUCCGUUGGCUGAUGACAUGGCACCCUCCUUCGAGAAGCUGAACCCCUACCCUGCACCACCACCACCGCACCCUCUCUACCCUGGCCGCAAGGUGAUCGAGUUCUCCUCUGACGACAAGGUAAAGAUCCCCAAGAACAGCCCACUGCCCAACUGCACCUACGCCACACGGCAGGCAAUCUCCCUCAGCCUGGUGCAAAACGAGGAAGAAGCAGGAGAACGGCAGCGCACCGUCCCCAACAGCCCCGCCGUGUCUGACGGAGGCUGGAGAUCUGGGACCUCCUCUUCUUCAGGCGGAGGGCACACAUCACUCCCCCGAACGCCACAGCAAACGGACAUCACCGACCCUCUAUCCAGCCAGUCCAGCCCCUUCAGCAGCCCGCCGCAGCCACCGAGUGCCUUUGCCAGCUCAGGGAGUUCUGAAGAAGACCUGCUCGCCAACUGGCAGCGGAUGUUCGUGGAGAAGACGGCACCAUCCUCAGAGGGCACCCUUGUCAACCGUACCUCCUUCAGCAGCGAGACUGUAAAGGAGCUUCAGAGGAGUCGCAACAGUAAGUCUGGAAGAGAAGCUUCAGACCGCGGGAUCUUGCGGGGCGCUUAUUCGGACGGAGAAGAAGGCUCCUCUGCUCAAAGCUGGACGGCCAGCAGAGAGUCCAGCCUGGACACGGACACCAGUAGUGUAGCAGACUUGCGCACCAAACGAGGACAGUAUGGCGCCGACUUUUCCCAGGAGGAGAGCGAGCGCCUGCUGAUGGCUGUUGACAAUGAGGACGGCGCCAGUGGUGAUACAAUGGUCACAGUGGAAACCAGCCCAGCUUCUGCCAAGCGGCAAGAGUUCGCGGAAGACGCUGGGUCGGCAGGCAGCUCUGCCGAGGAGAGGGAUGUCCUGCCGCAGGAUUUUCCUAUCAUUGGCUCCAGGGUCCUUGCCGAUCUUGAGGAUUAUACGGAUAAGCCCCCGUCUCAGCGGCACCACCCCCAGAGUGGCUCUAGUCGGCCGCACAAGAGCCCCAAAAGGAUGGGAGUCCAUCACCUGCACCGCAAGGACAGCCUUACCAGAGCGCAAGAACACGGAAACCUGCUGGACUGAGUUGGAGACCCACACUUCAUUCCCUUGUUCACUUACAGUGCUCUUCUACUUGCUAGCAAUCACAAGUCAUAGCAGCCCACAAAAGGAGGCAGGGAAAUGGUGGUGUGAUCACCUUUUUUGCCGAAUCAUUACUGUAACUCUUCAGCCACUUCUCAGAAGCUAGAGGUUUACUUUGAUGUGGUAUUUAUGAAAUGUAUGAGUUGAGGCAAUCAGUUAGUAUCUUAAGAAGUCAUUCUGAAACAUCCCAGAUCAAUGGAACAGUGAUUUGGGUGCCCUAUAAGAAUGCCAGACUCCCAGAAUUGGUGUAAAUGAGAAGAGGACCACAGGAUAUAGCCAUAUAAAGACACCUCCAUAUGUGGCCAGUGUAUUGUAAUGGGAGGAGAUGGAAUAGCCCUGUAAUGUAUUGCUGUUUUGCUGUCUGGAACUGGAAUAGCGCACAAAACAGAAGCAAGGGCCCUCUGUUUUGGUUAAGGGUUUCGCAGUGAGAGCCCUCAGUUUUCAAAAAUUGGACUGUUUGUAGAUCUGGUGGUCUGGCGUGGAUGGAAUGGUGCAGGUUUCAUGAAAUCUAACGGAUUCUUUCUUCGACUUACAGUGCCUGACCCUUUUUUCUGAACGAGGGGUUUCCCUGUUGCCCUUUAAGAGGAAGUAUUACUCCUUAAGUCUACUUUCAGCUCACAUGGAACUGAGAAAAAACCUCCACUGCGCAGACAAAAUCUUCAAACACCUCUCUUCAUAGAUCUACCACUGUAAUUCUUGACUUAACUGAAAAAAAGACACCUUUUUUAUGUGUAACUUCAACUAUGGGAAGAUCUUAAGGAUUUUAUUUAGUUUGUUUUUUUCAACAUCAGGUAUUCAUUUGCAUCCAUGCUGAUUAAUCUGACUACUGAUAUUUAAACCAGAGAUUUAAAUUUUGAAGCAGAUAUUUUGUCAUUGGCGUGUAUUUAUUUGUUUUGGUUGAUUUCGUUUUGCUGAUCGACUAAUAAGUAAAUUUCUUGUUAAUUUCCACAUCACGGUGAGCACUAUUGGACUUUAAUCAGAUGUUAGAAUUUGCUAAUUUGUAUUAUGUCCUUGUUUAAAUGAAACUGGAAACGGAGCCCCGUAGCUAAACAAGUUCAUCUAUUCAAUUUAGAUGAAAAAGACCAGCAAACAACAGCAAAUAAUUGUAUUACAUUCUAAAAUGCUGUUUUAUUUGGCAUUUAACCCUAAUGACUACAGUUGUGUGUUCAGAGCUCAGUAUUGGAGAGAACAGCAGGAUUUGUGAUUGUUGUUUAGUUAUAUGGGUAGUAAUGUGUUCUCUUAGCUACUGUCAACGAUCAGCUGAUUGUCGCUGGAGGCCAUAUUCAGUACUUAAUGCCAUUUACUUGGAACUAUGCAUAAUGUAACUUUGAAGUACUUCCAAAAAUGGAAUUAUACUGUAGGUAGUUGAACAGUUCUGUCAGUUAUGACGCUCUUUUUGUAAGAUUACACUUCUAUUGAAGUACAAAGACAGUCCAUUUAGCCCUACAAUCCACAAAAUUAGAAAGUGAGCUGUCCAAACGACUGUCCUUUAUGUCUUUGAGUGUAGAACUAAAUAAGCCUCACCUUUUGGACAAUUUUGAUAUUAGCCCGGAAUUUAAUGGAAGCCAUUAUUGCUCCAAAAAAAAAUUAGUUAUUCUGUUUAUGUAGCAACCACAUUUGCUUACAGUAUGUGCAGUAUACAGUUUUUUCAUGUUUUGUUUUUUGUUUUCAGUGUUCAUUUGUGUGCAAGUGCGUUCAGACUUUAGUCCUCAUUGAGGUUUUAUAAUCAGCCCGUCUGACAUUGAGCGUUUAUAAAGAUGGCUUUACUUAGAUUUUCUUUCUUUUCAGAGACAUCUUGAAUGGUUUCAAGGCUUGGUUCGAGGUCUGAGUAAAAAAAAAAAAAAA